AUGAUAUGGUAUCACAACUUGCCCGAACAUUCGAUUGAUUCAUUUUCCAUGCUUGCGGAUGCUUUUUUCAAAGCUCGUGCCGGAGCCAUCAAGGUCGAAACCCAAAAAUCGGACUUGUUCAACGUUAAGCAGCGAGAUGGUGAAACCCUCCGUGAGUUUGUGGCCCGAUUUCAAAUGGAGGGCAUGGACUUACCUCCGGUCACUGAUGACUGGGCCGUUCAGGAUUUCACUCAAGGGCUCAACUCAAGAAGCUCAAUCACAUCUAUGGAGCUGAAGCAAAAUCUGAUAGAGUACCCGGCAAUCGCUUGGGCUGAUGUACACAACAGGUAUCAAUCGAAGAUCAGGGUCGAAGAUGAUAAGAUUUUGAGAGCCGCCUCGGUAUCAUGGCAUCCCGGUAAAGGGAAUGAUCGAUUGAGGAGAAUGAUUGAUCCAGAUUCAAGACCAUCAUAUGACAGGUAUCAAUCUUACCCACAUGAUCGAAGGGGCAACGGGCGCAAUAGCCAAUCGAGAAAGUAUGAUAGGAGGAACGAUCGAGGCCCAAAUAAUCGUGGACUGAUAAACAGAAACGUUAUCGAUAGACCCUCGAGAAAUAAAGAAAUCCUAAGGUUGUCUGAGUAUAAUUUCUGCGUCGAUGUAGCGACUAUAGCAGCGGCCGUUAUCCGCAACAGGGAAACAAGACACCCAAGGCCAAUCCAAUCUGAUCCAGAGAAGCGGGAUAAAAGCCUGAUUUGCAAAUACCAUCACACUCACGGCCAUCGAAUCGAAGAUUGUCGGCAGCUGAGAGAGGAGGUUGCCCGUCUGUUUAAUUUAGGACACCUUCGAGAAUUUCUAAGUGAACGAGCCAAAACUCACUUCAAGAACGUGGAAACCAACAAGCAAGAUAGACCGGAAGAGCCUCAGUGA